GCCGCCGAUACUCUACAAUACACGUAGGUGUAUUUUUGUGCCGUGUUCCGUAGCAGACGACGAUCGCUGAUCGCGACCAGACGAAGCUGUCUCGCUUGAGGAACCCAAAACGGAUUGAGGCUAACACCAGCUCCUCCCCUUUACCGGUAUAAAAGACCUCCGCUCUGGCUCUACCAGGCAUCAGUACAUUCGACAUCCAAGAAGUGCUGAGAUACACCAGUGGUGCAGGCAGAGAGAGGUAUCUAACCAAGGAAUUGGACGUAUCCAUCAUAGCAACGGAUAUCUUUUGCCUAAUUAGUACUUAAUGAAGAGGAGUUUGUCUUCUAUGGAUAAAUUUCGAACGUUAAUAUCUGUCUUCUAAUUAUUGAAUGGUUCGCGGAGUAGUAAAUUAUUUUCUUUCUGAUCGCUGAGAAUGCUCCUAAUCUUCAUGACUUCAGUAGCGCGGUUGAGUUAAUAUGGUUGAGAGUCAUGACAAAACUUUCUGCUAAGUUUGGUUGCCCCUUCUUUCAUUUUGUCUUUCCUACCGGAUAGGAUACCACUUAUUCUUCAGAAGUCAUUCCAAGCACAACGAAUAAAGUUUAGAAGCAUCAUCUUGUCUUGUGUCUUCCAGCGAGACUUGGCAAUUUAGUUUAUAGUCAUAAAUAAUAUUAUCACGACUUGUGUAAAAUAUAUUCAGCUUUCAAGUUAUUCAUUAAUCAAGAUAAACUUUGGUGACCGUCAAAGACAACAAGACCAUGUUUUCAUCAAGCAGUACAUCCUCCUCCAUACGCUGCUGUCUGGCGGCGUCGUGGCUGGGCCUCGCAGUACUUUCCCUCACCUUUGACGGCCUCGGUGCCGGUGGACAGUGCAAGUUCGAUCUGCAGGAGUACCAGGACCGGCGGAUUGCCGCCAUCAAGGGACAGAUCCUCAGUAAACUGGGCCUCACCGCCCUGCCCACCGAUGAUGGACCAGAGGAUGUGCCUAAGGACAUACUGGAUUUAUUUAAUCAAACAGUGACACUGCUCGAGGAGAAAUACGAAAACGAGAGGGAACAGUGUAAGGGGUUGUCAGGCGGUAGUGAUGACUAUUUCGCGCAAUUGCCCAUCUUAUAUGGUAUAGUGGAAACUGAUAUUGAAAAAGAUAUUGGCAAUUACGCGACGGUUAAACGACUAUCAAAAUUUUUCCGGUUCGACCUCACGAGUUUCGAAGAGGACAGCCAGGGUGACGAAGUGACAGAGGCCGAGUUCAGACUCUACCAAGUUCCCAAUGAAAUGAAGGAUACAGAACAACAAAUCGACCUCUUUCAACUCAUAACAUCCUACAACAGUACAGAGGAACCGACCAGGCGAUUCUUAACGAGCUGGACGGUAUCGACGACUAGGGAAGGAUGGCUCGCGCAUGACGUCACCGAUGUCGUGAGGGAAUGGGUAGCUGAUCCAGAAACGAACCUUGGGUUUGAGUUGAACCUGAACUGUGGUGACUAUCUGCUUGGACCCACUACCACUACACCAGCUUCCAUCCCAAAGGACCAGCAUAAACUACACGUCUUGUUUGCAGACCCCAGAGGUACCUUUCCGAGUAUGGAUAAUGGACGUGGCGACGGCAACCCUAGAGGUGAAGGAUUCCCCAGUAUCAACCAUCCUAGAUUGGUCGUCAUGACCCCUGCCAACCAUUCACGAGGAAGCGAAAGCAACAGCGUCCGAAAGCGACGAAGCACCUCGUACAGCGGCUCCCAGUGCGACCAGAACUCACCCAACUGCUGCCUUCGCCCGCUCGUCAUCAACUUCAGGCGCGAUCUCAAAUGGAACUGGAUCCGACAACCCCGCAACUAUUCGCCAAACUUCUGCGCGGGAUCUUGCCCCUAUAUCCUGAGUGCCGACACGUCCCAUGCUUCAGUUCUAUCGCUUUAUAAACAUCUCAAUCCGGACGCGAGCCCCUCGCCAUGCUGUUCUCCUCAAACAUUCAAACCUUUAACCAUCCUUUUCUACAACAGAGGGCGUCCCGAGAUCAGGCAACUUAAUAACAUGAUUAUAGAAACUUGUAGAUGUAGCUAGUCCCAGAUAUUAGAACAACCAAACUACUAUGACGUAGAAGGACAUGAAGUUGUUGUUGGAUCGUGCAGGAUGGUCCAGUGUAAAUUAAAACUCUAUUUAAAACAAGAAAACUUUUGUGAGGUACUACUAGAUGCUUUGGCCUGACUGUGAACUAUGUUGUGCUUUCUACAGGCUAAACUGCGCAUCAUAUUGGACACCAACCCAGAUGUGCUGAAUGUGAUGUCAUAUGCAAAUGACUUCAUUGUAUCUAAUUUUCUCUUUUUCUAUAUAUUAAAAAACUGUACUAUUUAUCUUUAUUCUAUUUGCCAAAUCAUAUGAAGUAAUGUUUUGUGGCACUUCAUGAACUGAUAAUAUGUUAUGAGCAAAAGACUAUAGUGUACUAAUGCAUUUAAGAUUGUAUGUUUUCUCCUUGAACAAUAGUGCUCUUGAUUGUCAUGAAAAAUGUACUGUUGCUACGUCGGGCCCUCCGAAAAGGUUCCUGGUCAUUAUUUUAUAGACAUGUAGCAAACUUUCUUUAGAAAUGAUGCUCUCCAUCUGAACCUGUUCGUGAAUAGAUUUUGUGAGUAGCGAGUAUGUCCAGUCGUGUGCAGACGGCGAAGCAGUGCCGGUUGUGGAAGGUCGUUUCUUAUACAUUUUAUAGGAUUAUUUGAGCAGUAUAUUACAGUGGCAUAUCCAG